UCUUACAGUAAAAUAAACACUUGCAUCUUUAUUCACAGUUAUGAAACAACGCUUUAUAAAGCGCUACCUCAAGAGAGGGGUUCUCAUUUGUACAGUCAUUUUCUUUCUCACCAAAUUGUUAUUCCACCGCUCGCCAUCAAAUCAUUUGAAUUUGCCGAAGGAGAGGGACUUUAUUGGAGAAAGGGUGUUUAUGAACAAAUUCUCGGGGCACCAUGAAGUCAGGACUGUUUUUCGUAGUCAACGACGAGUUAUAAGGUUGAAGAUGGAUGACAAGGACGACGAUUCACUGGAUUCUUCUUUGUCUAAAUUUGUCGAUGAUCAAGAGGACUCUGCACCGGCCAAAAAACCUGUAGUGGACAAAAACGACCCAGGGGAGAUGGGCAAACCUUUUAUAGUCGACAAAACAAAAUUGAAUACAGAAGAAAAGUUGGAAUAUGAAAAGGGAUGGAAAAAUAACGACUUCAACGAGUACGUCAGCAACAGAAUAUCUCUACAGCGAACACUGGUGGACCCUAGAGACAAACAAUGCCUUGGAAUGACGUACAGCGAGAACUUACCGGGUGUCAGUAUCGUGAUUACAUUUCAUAACGAGGCUUGGAGUGUUCUCCUUCGGAGCAUAUACAGUAUUCUAAAUCGAACACCCUCCAGACUUUUAAGAGAAAUUAUUCUUGUGGAUGAUUUCUCGACCAUGGAUCACCUAAAAGACCCAUUAGAUGAGUUCCUAAGCCAGUUUAGGAAAGUCAAAGUAGUCCGAGCCCCGGGGCGGCAGGGAUUGAUUCGGGCACGUCUACUGGGGUAUCAGGCGGCUUCCGGUGACGUCCUUGUAUUUCUAGACUCUCAUAUCGAAUGCACUGACGGGUGGAUAGAACCCCUACUAGACCCCAUCGCCGCAAACUGGAGCACUGUCAUGACACCCGUCAUAGACGGGAUAGAUCGGGAUCACUUCCAGUAUUCAUUUCAAACCGCCGAGGCCACAAACGUCGGUGGAUUUGAUUGGUCACUAUCAUUCACGUGGCAUCCGAUUCCCAAAUCAGAGAAGAUGCGACGACAAUAUAAACACCACCUUCCUGCCCGGUCUCCAACCAUGGCUGGGGGUCUGUUCGCCAUCAGCAGGAAAUAUUUUGAGUACCUUGGGACUUAUGAUGAGGGCAUGGACAUAUGGGGCGGUGAAAACCUGGAGAUCUCGUUCAGGAUCUGGCUCUGCGGCGGUACACUCUUAACAGCCCCAUGUUCUCAUGUUGGUCACGUGUUCCGAAAGCACCCGCCAUAUUCAUGGGGAUCAAAGGCCAAUGUUGUCAGAAGCAAUAAUGUGCGCAUGGCGGAAGUUUGGCUGGACGACUUCAAAGAAUAUUACUACCAACAAAUUAACUACACACUUGGCGACUAUGGGGAUGUACGAGCACGGCAAAUCCUACGAGAGAGGUUAAAGUGCAAGCGUUUUGAUUGGUUCCUGGUCAACAUUUACCCUGAGCUCAUUGUUCCAGCCGAGACCUUGUACUCGGGAGAGAUUCGAAGCAAGACCCAACCCCUGUGUUUAGAAAGCCCGUUCAGGUACGCGGAAGUGAAUGGUAAACCAAUAAAAGUGUUUGGCUGUCACGGACUGAAGGGAAAUCAGUACUGGUUGUACACAGAAAAAGGCGAGAUACGGCAUGACUUGUACGGCUGUAUGGAUGGUAAUGGUCACGUGUUAAACGUUAACAGUUGUCACGGAGUGGGUGGAAAUCAAAACUGGACUUAUCGAGAGGACAAUACAAUUCAACGUGUUGGAUCCGACCAGUGUCUAGAAUUAUCAGAAGACGGUAAAACAGUAUCUAUGAAGAAAUGUCUGGGAACGGAUCGACAACUGUGGAAAUGGAAUCGAAACCCACCGAAAGGACCCAAGCGUAGCUCUUACCAAUGACACUCGUUUUGUGAUGGAGUAAAACUUCCAAAAUACACCAUAAGUGUGCGCGACAUGUGUGUUCCUUAAAAUACUCUAGUUUUCCAUUGUAUGACGUCAUCAGGGAAGUUUAAUAUGGCGUAAUACUUAUGCAACAUUAUUGUGUUAGAAAUGUACUUAAAGCAAUAUCAUGAUUUCUUGCAAUACAUGGAAAUCUUCAAAAAUGUCAUCUAAUAAUUUAUACACAUUACGAUAUAUAUAUAUAUAUAUAUAUAUAUAUAUAUAUAUAUAUAUAUAUAUAUAACAUGAUUUGGAAACAAUAUUAUAAAUGUAUAUUUAUGGACAUAAACUAUCUUUUAUGACAUGAAAUGAAUAAAUAAUCUCUCAUUUCU